AUGGGUCUCCUUUCUGAAGGAUGUCCGUUGUCGUGGUCUGAAACAAAACAGUACAGAGGCGAAGUUCGUAAACACGGUGUUUUACAGUUUCUCCACAUUUACAACAGAGAGAAAGACAGAGACCAUGAUGGUCUGAAAUGGAGAGAUGAGAUGGAGUACACCCUUUUGAAAUUUGACCACGAAAACGAGAAAGUUUACUGCAAUUUGAAGGCAAAGGAUGUUCUGGAUGAUUUGUCACUUGUAGAACUUACCGCAUCACCAGGGCAGCCCAUGGGAGAAAGUCUGGCAUAUUUCAACAUUAUUGAAUUGAACAUGAGAUUACGAAAUAGACGAGAAGAGAUGAAGAGAUUUUUGAACCAACCUGGAGAAGCUGUUCAGUCUAUCGUGGCAUUUCCAAGGCUGGGAUGCCCCAACUUUACGUUUCCAAUUUUUGAACCAACUCCGACCAAAGAAUUGUCUUAUUCGAUGUUUAUUCCUGACCAGGCUGUCUGUCAGAAUCAACUCAGAUUCAGUUUGAAACGAAAGGUCACUUUACAAUCUUGCAACAUCACGGAAGCAAGGUUCCUCUACGAUCAACUCGCGGUAGUGAGUCCCAUAUUGAUGGCUUUGUCUGCUGGAACUCCUAUUGCACGAGGAUAUCUUUCCGAUGUAGAUUGCCGCUGGGGAAUAAUUUCUGAGUCAACAGACGAUCGAACUCCUGAGGAAAGAGGCCUCGAGCCAUUGAAGGAAAACAGAUAUGUGAUACCGAAGUCACGAUAUGAUUCCGUGAGUACAUAUCUGUCAGCUGAAGGAAAUGGCUACAACGACAUCGACUUAGUGUAUGACGAAGAUAUUUACCAACAGCUCGUCGUUGCUGGCGUUGAUGAGCCGCUGGCACGACAUGUCGCACACUUGUUCAUCGGGGAUCCUGUGGCGUCUCUGUGCCUUGAAGACCUUUACAAAGAUGACGAGGAAAGCUCAGAUCUCUUUGAGAACAUAAACUCCACCAACUGGCAAACUGUGCGUUUCAAGCCACCACAGCCUAAUUCCUCGAUGGGAUGGAGAGUGGAGUUCAGGUCCCUUGAUAUACAACUGACAGACUUGGAGAAUGCCGCUUUUGUGACAUUUGUGAUACUCCUCACGAGGGUGAUUUUGUCCUUUGAUCUCAAUCUGCUCAUUCCUAUAUCUAAGGUAGAUGAAAAUAUGGUCAAAGCGCAAAAGAGGGACGCUGUCAGACAGGGAGAGUUUAGUUUCAGGAGAAAUCUGUGUAAAAGUGUUGCUGUGAAAGAGGCUGAAAAUUGCCCAAACGGCGACCUACGUCAUGACGGAGAGUUUGAAUUGAUGUCGAUUGACAAGAUUAUCAACGGCAAGGGAGAGGCUAAAGCCCCCGAACUCUUUGGAGAGUUCACUACUCCAAGGAUAGGUGACGCUAUAUUUAAGAAGUAUCUUGAAAUGAAAAGGAAGAUAAAAAACUUUGAAGAUGACAGUACUAUAGGAAUGACAGCUUGA